AUGAAUUCUGAUAUUCCACGUGAGCUUCACGUCAAAGAUGUAGUAACUGCUAUGAACAGAUUUUUGUGUUAUAUCAAUUUCCUGCGACAACUUUCACUAUUAUGUACUAUGAGAUAUCGGGCUGAAUAUAGGAGAAGACACUGCAUUAUUGUGCGUUCACUCGAUGCGUACGUCACUUGUUGCUGUUCUACUAUCUUCUUUAUUUGCUGUUACUACCUUAGCAGCAGGUCAGACUGUCGCAAACGGAUUUUCCAUUUGACACUAUACUUAUAUGUCGAUGAUGUGCAAACGACCUCCGAACCUCAGUGGGCACCAACAGGUCGAUUGAGUCAGUUUCGUGGUUUCAUAACACCAAGACCUCAAUUAUUACCAGAGAAUGCACAACUUAUGUACGCUUCAAUCUGGGCUGCUUGGUCCGCCUGGUCUUUCUGUAGCAAUGGAGUACAAAUAAGAGUUCGAGCAUGUAAUACUGUUAAAGGCUUCAGUUGUCUUGGGGCUAAUCAAGAAACGAAGCCAUGCGAGAAUAUGAUUACUACUCCUACCGAUAGGGUUCAUCAUCAACCAACAUCAGAUUAUGAUGUCGUUGAUCCAUGGCAAGCUGAUAGAGAGGAAGCCUUGAAACAGUUAUACCCAGACGAUGACGAGAAGAAGCAGGAGAAAGAGCAUCAGGCUCCAGUUCCUGGUUCAUUCAAAAUUCUAAGUGCUGGAAAAACUCAUCAACUUGAACCCCCUCCUUAUGAUCGUCCAAGUGCUCUAGGAGUUAUAACACAUGAAUUAUCCGAUAGACGACAAACAUAUGAUUUCGACGGGGCUCCAGGUUCAACUCCUGAGAGACUUUUUGGAGCUAAACAGUUUGCUGUGAAAACCAACGAACACAAAGAACGAAAACAUAAGGGAUCGGGCAAACUGGGUAGCUCGGAGAAGUCGUUCGAAAAGGAGGAACACAAAAACAGUUUUCUGAACCUCGUUCCAAUGGAUGAAAAGUCAGCAGAAGUUGCUCAAGCUCAGCAUGUUUUGAAAACUGAAGAUGAGGUUGACUUACACUCCGAAACUCAAGCAACCACUCUUGUCACAUCCACCAGCACGACCACCACUACCGUGCCGACCACAACUACGAGCACAACCAUCAGCUCAACGUCUUCAACCACUCCUACUGUCACAACCACAUUACCCCCAACCACGACUUCUGCCUCACCCAGCACUACAUCAAAGUCUCGUGUACCUGAAAGCGCAACCAAAAUUGUUAAACUCACACGCACCGAUCUUGAAAAUCAAAGAAAAGCCAUUGGAGACAGAAUAUCGAAAAUAUUCAGUGCGUUCGAUGAAAAGAAAGUUGAACAUAUAUCUGGAGAAGCUUCUGAAUCUCUUCCGGAUCGUUCUCUUGAGAAUGACAGAAGUACGCUUUUCGAAGCUGACCUGAAGAAUGCAGCUAAAGUCAAAACAUUCCGAGUAGAUGAAGAUGCUACUGAUCCAUCGGAACGAGUAGAACCUAAAAGAAAAGGAUUCGGGUUCACAGAAGUUACUACAACUGAAGGCUCGCCCCUCUUAGAAGUUGUUCCAGAAGAUCAAAUAUCUCCUGAUACACUGAGUGUUUUGGACUGGAUGUUGAAGAAUAUGACGAAGGCUGCCUCCGAACUUCCGGUUUUAUCUGAAAAUGUUCAAAAACCUUCUACACUCUUGAGCUCUACGAACGGAGCUCUGAUUGCUGAAGAUGGAGAUGUUGAACCUAUCGUAGCUGUUGUUCCUGUUGUUCCUAUUCGUGAGGACCUUUCUGAAGUUUCAGCAGAGGCUGCUCAUCCAAAGAAACAUCUCCCCAAGAGAAAAAUCAGAAAACUGAAGAAAAGCCGUAAGAACGUUGAAAGAGAUACUGUUCUCCACUUAGGAGAUUACUCUCCUAUCAAUCCAGAUCCCUUAAAAAUGUUCCCUAAGUUCAAAGCAAAGCCAGUUGAACAAGCUCGUGCCCGUGCAUUGGGUGUCAGAACUUUCCAUAGCGAUAAGGAUGCCAAUGAUAAUCACAGCACUGAAAAGUUCCCUUCCGACACAGAAUCCGUAGCUUUAAUGAAUGAAAUCAAUCAACUUCAGAAACUUAUGAAAGAUAUGGACGAGAAAAUUGAUGAUUUAAACCAACAACAAGAGGGCUCUAUGGACAUUAGACAAGGAGACUUUGGACUUCCCGUUGUACAAGGAUCUGAAAUAUUCCAAGCAGGAACAGAAGCUCCGAUCAAGUUUUUUGAUGAAGGUGUUUCCGAAGGAGACAAUGAAGGAAAAUGGACUGAUUGGUCGGAGUGGGGAGUAUGUUUCUGUGGCAAACAAGUAAGGACAAGGAUAUGUUCAUACACUCAAGCCAGCACAGGAUGCAGAGGAUCAUCACACGAAUCUCGUGAUUGUGCAGGAGGCUUCUGCCCGAGAGCAGCCAAAAAAACAUCUUUAAGUACCACACUCACAGAGACUCCCUCAAAUCAAAUUACUCCCUCAUCACAACACUCCUUUAAGCCGAUUCGAUUACAACAAGCCGCUCAUCUUUUACCAUAA